AUGAAGUUCGGAAUUAACGUAGAUGCAGCGAGAAGCGGAUUGGGUGCGAGAUUAUACCAAUACCGUGAGGGAGAAGAAGCGAAAUACACGAUCGCAUAUUUGAGCAGGAGUUUGAAAGGCGCCGAAAUGCGUUACACCAUUACUGAAUUAGAAUGCUUAGCAUUGGUAUUUGCCUUGAGAAAAUGGCACACGUUAUUAAUGGGAAGACACGUGAGAGUUCACACAGACCACAAAGCUCUACAAUUUUUGAGUACGUGCGUUCAAAACAAUCAUCGCAUAGCGAGAUGGUUCGAAUUCAUGCAAGAAUUUGACCUCGAGAUAAUACAUAUUCCUGGUAAGGAGAACGAGAUUGCGGAUACUCUAUCGAGAUCCAAUGAGGACGAAGAUCCGGAUGAAGACGACGUAAAGCGCAUAGCGCUGAUCAGAGAUCAUUAUGAUGGAGCAAACACAGAAGAAUGGAUACCAUGGUUACAAAGGAUCCAAGCACAGGACGAAGAACUACAAAUAGCGGUACAGGAGCAACCGGAAGAGGUCUACCGAAGAGACGGUUUGAUCCGAAUUCACCUAGUCUACGAUGGUCCAUAUCGUGUGGCGCGAGAAGUGCGCGAAAAUGCCUACUUGAUAGAGAGUUUAGAUGGACAGCCGAAAGGAGUCUAUAACUCACGGCAGUUAAGACCGUACAGAAGACCAAUCCUAAGAGAGGACCAAGACAAUAGCGACGGGGAAAGUAACAAUUCGCAUAGCGAAAAUGAGAAUUCACAUCAGGAAGAUGAUGAUUCGACAAACGAAGAUAUAAAUUCACAACGUGAAGAUUCAGAAGAUUUUGAUAGUCAAGAAGACGAAUUAGAAAUUUACGUGAUUACGAUGCACGAGUUUACGUCAUCGGAAGAGGACGACACCGACUCGGACUGCGAUUGGACGUUACUAACCCAGACAGCCGAGGAGUACGAUGAACGUUCCAACAUAAUAAAUAUUAACAUCAAUGAAGAUUUAAACAAAGAGCAACAUAAUUCUGCCGAAAAGCAAAGUAAAACUAAUCAAUUAACCGGUACGUCAACAAUGAAGACAGCCGAGGAGAUUAAAAGUGAACAAUUAAUAAAGACGGAUAUAAAAAUCGAAAAUGCCGAGGAGCAACUCGAAGAUGCCGAGGAGCAUAAUUAUCAACCAAUAACAUCACAGGAAGAUAUCAAGAAAGAAAUUAAAAUAGAAAUUACCGAGGAGAACACCUCGAGACAAAUAAACACAGCAAGAAAUGCCGAGGAGCAAUUAGAACCAAUCAAAGAGGAGAUAGGCGAAAAUGCCGAGGAGAACGCCGAAAAGCGUGAUAAACUACUUAAAGAAGAAAAAUUUAGCCAAUCCGAGAAGGACAACAUUGAAGAACGAAUAACUGAAAGGGAGAAAGAAAUUAGUGAAAAAUUAAGUGACAUCAAGAGAGAAGAA